AUGCACAAGAUCUCCAACUUUACGGGCCAAGCCCGUCAUGGUUGGGAACGAAUGACGCCGACUUUCGGGAUGUCCAGACCUCACACCGACAUGGCCUUUCGCCGACCACACGGGGCACCGCCCAUGACGCCGCCGACGAGUAUCGAUCCUACUGUCAAUCUGUCCUUCAACGUCCCCUUUUCAUCUACCUUGGCCGGUCCCGAUGUAGAGGACGUGCUUCACGCUAGUCCCGGCGCUCUCCAGCGCUGGACCUUCCCCGAAGGCACCCCCGAAGGCACAUCUGUGCACCAGCUCCCCGUUCAUACGAAUAACGUCGAAGGUCUACAGAGACUAUGCCGGAAGAUCACGGAGGAGAAGGGAGGCCGAGUGGAAGCAACACUGACGACCUCCGAGGCCAAGGCUGUACCUGCGCUACAACGCCGGCCAAACGGCUUGGUAACCAACGUUUGUGUCACUGGUGAUGGAGAGAUGGCGCGCAAGAUGCGUGCCAGAAUCUUGAACGAGACUCCGAUCAUGCUGCGAUGUGCCACCGUCGACGUGGAUAUGCAUCUUAUUGUGGAUGGAUCACCCAAGGGCAUCCGAGCUAGUGUCCUCGAGCACAUGGAUACCUUGGCUGCCUACACCGGAGCCGACAUUUUCCUGCUGACACCCAAGCUCCACGAUGCGGACAGUGCUGUGGUCUCUUCCUAUGGAUAUGCGUCAGAUAACGGGCUAGACCAGCGCUUCCGAGUUGCUAUUUACGGUGAUCUGGAGAGCUCGGAGCAUGCCAAAACCCGGGUGCUGAUUAUGAUCGAUCAAAUUCUCAAACGCCAUGUCGACGCCAUCAAACUGGACUCGACCAUGCACACCUUGGUCUGCGGUCGUACUCGCAAGAAUAUUAAGCUUAUUGAAGCUGCUACCGGCACCGCUAUUUAUUUCCCUCCUCCCUUCCCCCAAAUCUUCGGUUAUAUACCCCCCGGUGCGAAUCGUCGAAGCGAAGACGAGGUUUAUAUUACUGGCGAGACACCCGAGCAGAUUGCUCGUGCAAAGCAGAAGCUGCGAGAGCUGGUGAUGGGAGUGAAAAUCUUUGUUAAGGAUGUGGUUGUCAGCUCAAGCAAGAUUGACAACAUUCUGCUCGACCGUCUGGAUAAGGUUCGCAAGGUGAUGGAAAUGAACGGAUCAUACGUUUUGUUCCCCCAGCUGGGCAGCCAGCGUGGACUUGUUCGGAUUCAAGGCACCGAGGUGUUGCACGUAGAGCGGACCGUCAGAGAGAUCAUGGCCUUGGCUGGUCAGUUCUACUCUGCCUCAUGGUGGAUCAUCAUGCCGGACCCCGCGCAAGGUGGUCUCCGUGCUCCCUCGACUGCCGACAUCCGCUCCAUGCUAUCCGAUAUCUGCACAAACUCCGAAGCGGAGGUCAGCUUUGACAACCUGACCUUUACCAUCAACGGUUCAGAUGAUGCAGUCAAGGCUGCCAUGACAGUCAUCAACCAGAUUCCCUUCGUGAUGCGCAGUCAAUAUCAGAUGCGUGUGAAGAUUGAGCUGGCCAACGAGCACAAGGAGUUUGUCAGUGGUAAAAAGAACGGCAAAAUCAACAAGAUCAUGGGACAGAGUGAGUAUAAGCAAUGUCUUUAUGUGGAGUGUUCUGCUAACUCGUAUAAAGGCAACGUCCAGAUCAUCUUCGACGGGUUCAACGAGUACAACUUCUAUAUCGACGUCUGCGGCAACCAAUACGAGUCGACUAAGAAUGGGUUGGAUCUGGUGGAGCAAGAGAUGCCUGCUUCCAUUUCCUUCCACGUUCCGGACCAGUACCACAAGCGGAUCAUUGGAAUUGGUGGACAGCAUAUCCAGCGCAUCAUGAAAAAGUACUCUGUCUUCGUGAAGUUUUCCAACGCCAUGGACCGCGGUGGUAUGGGCAAAGAAGAUGACGACAUCAAGGUCGACAACGUUAUUUGCCGGACCCCUGCUCGCAACGCCCAGAGUUUGGACCUUGUCAAGCAGGAGAUCAUGGACAUGGUCGAGAAGGUUGAUGCUGAAUACGUCUCCGAGAGAGUCGUUAUCAACCGUCUGUACCACCGUGAGCUGUUGGCCCGCAUGACUGAGAUCGACGAGCUGGAGAAGAAAUGGAACUGCAAGAUCGAGUUUCCCAGCACCGAGCUUGCCAGUGACGUUGUGACUAUCUCCGGCCCCGAGUAUCAGGUCCCUCAAGCGGUUGAUGCUCUGCUUGGCAUGGUACCAGAGAGCCACGAGCUUCACUUCCAAAGCUCAGUGGAACUCCGUGACUACUUCAAGUCCGUCGACUUCAUCGCUGACGUCCGGACCAAGCUCAAGGAACAGUACGAGGUCGAUAUCAACGUUGACGUUGGGGCUGAUCUGCCUACCACUCCCGAGGAAGAAGGCUCUUCGCCCGUCCCCGGCCCGGAGGAUCGUGUCGUCCUUGGCUAUACGCGCAACAACGCUGGUGGCCUGAAGGAUGCCAUCGACUUCUUGAUCUCCCGUCUGGUGGGCCACGGACUCGACGCUAACACCGUCAAGGGUGCGAUCCCUCGCCCAAAAUCCGACUCGUUCGAAGAGUCCCUGCCCUUCUUCGACUCAAAGCUCCUGCAGCACGCCCCGGCGCCCCUCUCGACUGACUCGCCAACCCGCCCCAACUUCUCCGAUGAGACCAGCGAGCGAGGCUCGAUCUUCGAGCGCCUCCGCAAGCCCGGAAGCAUCUCGUCCUUCUCCUCGUUCAUCGGCCGCAAGAACCACUCCGCCUCCCCCGGAUCGUUCUUCAAACACGCCUCCAGUAAUGCCUCCAAGGCAUCCCUCGUCUCCAUGGAGUCUCGCGACAGCGGCUACCGCAACCCAUGGAAUGAUUCCGGCGUGAACCUCGCCGAGGAUGACGUGCCCGUCCUCGGCAGCUCGCACAGCCACAAGUCUAGCAACAGCAACGGCUGGCCCACCCGCUUCGACGCCAAGUUCCCCUUCGGCACUGCGCCCGGCGACAUGACCCCCAAGCAUGACCUGCGCACCUCAUUCGACUCUGGUCGUCCAAGCACCUCGAAUUCUACUUCUGGAUACCCGGCCCCAAUUGGGCCACCGCGUUAA